AUGUUUUUUAGGUGUGCAUUAGAUUUCGAUUUUGAAAAAUUAUGCUCAGUUUCGCUAUCCCAUGUGAACGUCUAUGCGUGCAUGGUGUGCGGGAAAUAUUUUCAGGGUCGAGGAACGAGCACGCACGCCUACACACAUUCACUGGAUACAAAUCAUCGCGUUUUUCUCAAUUUGAGUACUUUGAAGUUUUAUUGCCUGCCAGAUAAUUAUGAGAUAAUUGAUCCAUCGUUGGAUGAUAUCAAGUAUGUGCUAAAACCAAGUUAUACUGGAAAUUAUAUAAUGGGAAUCGAUAAGAUGGGGAAAAUGUCGCGUGCAUUUGAUGGCACAACGUAUCAUCCCGGUGUUAUUGGUCUGAACAAUAUCAAAGCUAAUGAUUACGAAAAUGUGGUACUCCACGUAAGUCUUAUUAUCUGGUAA